AUGGGUUUGGGGAAAAGUGGUAGUUUAGAUGAUGCUAGGAAGAUUUUCGAUGGUAUGUGUGAAAGGACAAUAGAAUUAUGGAAGAGAAUGGUUGGUAAGUAUGAGAGUGGGAAAGAGCUGUUUGAUAAAAUGCCUGAAAUAGGUGACAUUGUGAACGCUAGAGAUUUGUUUGAGCGAAAUGAUCAUCUGGAAGAAGGGAUGUUGUUGAUUGAAAUCAUUCAGCAGGUGCUUCAGCAAGAAGAACAUAUCAUUGAUGGAAGAGUGAGAACAGUCCCUAGAGAGGACAUGCAGGUUAGAGGAGUGUCGAAAAUGAAGAAAAUAUUUGUCGGCGGUCUUCCACUGACAUUACAUGAAGAUGAGUUGAAGGAGUAUUUUUCUUCUUAUGGUAACAUUGUGGAGCACCAAAUUAUGAUGGAUCAUAAUACUGGAAGGUCGCGGGGUUUUGGCUUUGUAACCUUUGACAGUGAAGAUUCUGUUGAUAAGAUCUUUUCUGAUGGUCGCAUGCAUGAACUUAACGGCAAAGAAGUUGAGAUAAAGAGGGCUGAGCCAAAAAGAUUUGGUUUCGAUCAUUCAACUGAGGGUCGUUUCCGUGGUAGGGGUAGUAGUUCAAAAUCUGCUUGUAGCUAUUGUAGUAGUUCAGAAGGUUGUAGAGGUGGAUAUGGUGGUAAGACGGGUAGAGGCUAUGGUGAUGGUUAUGGCGGAUAUGGUGGCUACGGUGGUUAUGGAAACUUUGCUGGAAAUUAUGGCGCAGGUGCUCCAGGAUUUUAUUCAGGCUAUGGUGGAUAUGGCUAUGGCUAUGGAUUUGGUGGACCAAUGUAUAGUGGGGGUGCGUAUGGGGGCGGUGUGUAUGGGCUCCGGUUGGUUAUGGUGGAAACUGCAGGUUAUGGUUUAGGUAAAGGAUACAAUGUUGGCGGAUAUGAUGGUGGUAGAAUUGGCAAUGUGCUAAAAAUUAUUUUGAGCAAGCAUGUUUAG